AUGUCGACAGAUACUCCAUCUAUUUCUCAACUACCGCCUAUAUUAGUCCUUUCUCCACAUACAUUAAAGACUGUCGACCCAGACGCCGAGUCUCUAUUUUCACUAUGGACCGUCUUUUCGAAAUGCAAGAAUUCUAUUGAAAAUGGCCGCAGACUCGAGAAUAUGUCUUGGAGACUGUGGAAUAGAGAAAGGCUGUGGAACAGCGAUGGUGGUCUUGAUAUAGAUACUGGUGACUUGGUAUCUAUUCCUGGUGCUGGUUCUGGUAAAACUCAAAAUUCUUCACAAGUAUCAGCUGCUAAGGUCGAGAACGGGAUAAUUUCUACGUUAGGUGCUGCCAAUUCUACUACUAGUGGAAAAGAAAACUCUAGAACCAGCCAUAGAGUUAGUACAACAAAACCUGAUCUAACUCUGAUGGCUGCUGUAGACAACCCGAGCCCUUCUUUGCAUGAUUUACCAGCUCUAAGCCCAACCCAUUCUCCUACCAAUCUCAACCAUAAUCAUCAUCAUCCGCAUAAACACAUUUCGUCUGAAGAACUUCAACAUCUGUUUCAGCUCGUCAAUUCGGACCAAAAAACGCCGUCUAAAUGGGGUACUUGUUCUAAACAACAACUAAAACCAUCUUCUCAAUCUGAAUGUAUUCUGACUGAUGGUGAAUUAACCCCCACUCCUAAUUCCAUACUGGAUUCCAAGCUUGUCGCAUCAUCUAUUGGCCCUGCAGUGGCCACUGCAGCUGCUAAAGCGGCUGCCAGGUCAGUGACAAAUAUGACAAACAUUUCUCCAGCAUCAUCAACCACCCCCAUAACCAGUACUGAGUCGAAUAAUGCGCCUCGUCUAUCAGCACCAAAUUCUUCUAUUCCUACGAGUAGAGAACUCGGUGUUGGUAGUUCAUCUGGCAGCUUAACCGCUCCUAGUACUACAGCUUCUAGCAGUAUCCUGGCCAAUAAUUCCGGAACCACUACUCCAUUGCUUAGAAGUGCCAAAACCACCCCGGCCCCAUCGCGUACAGUAUCGUCACUGUUUUCUAGACCAAAGACCACAAAUUAUGCAUCGUCUACUUUACAAGAAAACAAGCGCCCAGUAACAGAACUACCUCUUCCUGUACCAACAAAACCAACUGCAUCUGCUACUUUUUUUGCGAGAAACUCCAGAAGAAGUUCCAGCUCCCAAUCAAACCCAUUUUCCCACUCUAGAACCGCCCAAAGACGGUCCUUUACCACUGCUCCGGCUUCAGGUGUCGGUGCCCCAGCUGCUCCAACUGCUCCACCUGCUCCUGGACAUACUUUGAGUAGCGUUUCCAAGACUUCAAGACAAUCUAGAAGUUCAUCUAGUAACGUGAUGGCGGCAUCUAUUUCUCCUCAUUCUGAUUAUUCACAAGCUAUCUCUGAUAGUUCUGAUGAUUUAUCUGACACUGAGUCGGAUUCUGAUGAUGAAAGAUUGAGUCGCCGUCAUCGCUCUGCCACGUCGACGUCUAUUGUGAGAGGAUUUUCUCCGUCCAACAUCUCUAUUUCGGUUGUAAAUAGAAGUGCCUCUCAGAAACGUAUAUCUCCUGUUCCGACAACGUCAUCUUCCUCUUGGAAACCCACCAAAGCAAGACCAGACAAGCUCCCUCGAGAGAAGAUGUUCUUUAUUGAGUCUUCUCCCUCUGAUAGUGAGUUUGGAGGCGAAUCUUUAUCGUCAAGUGAGGGUUCUGGCGCGCCGAGUAAUGGCGCUGCCCCUCCCAAGCCUUAUAACCUGGCUGAUGCUAUUGGUGGAGAGCGCAGUCCUCAACCGCUGGAAGAGUCGUCAACUGCCAAAGCUCGUGACGAGUCGGUAAGCGAGACAAAUAACAGUGGCAGCUCGGGUUCAAACAGCGUCGUUUCACAGCAGCGACAGCAUGGCCAUCAUCACCACCAUCACCAUCACCACAACCACAGGGAAGAACGUAAACGGUCGUCUCUAUUUGGACAUACCAAAUCACAGCCAGCUCUAUCAAAACUUGCGGCACCACCGGUGAGUAAGCUUCAACAACUUCACAAACCGACAAUUAAAAAUGACGGUCUGACCGAUGAACAGAAGAAGAUUAAUGCUGAAAAGGCUAUCAUCACUGAUGACGAGGAUGAUGAAGACGAAGAUGAAGACGACAUUCAUGACGACGAUGAUGAAGACGACUCGGCAUGGGAUUCUGUUGAUGAUGAGAGUGAUUCCUCGUUUGACGAGGAGUCUCUCUUUGUUCGAGAAGAAGAGUUACCAAAAAAGCCACUUGUACGACCAUCACUUCUUUCGUCACUAUUCCUCAACCGUCAAGAUAUUUUACAGGAGCAAAUGAAUGCCAAACAAAGGGAAUCCAGCCCCUUUGCACCUGCCACAGCCCCUGGUCCAUCUUCGUCUGCCCUGACUAAUGAGCUUAAAGCCAAUAGAGGAAACCCCACUCGAAACGGUCCUACAGCACUUCCCAUUAAUCCUACCGACACCAUUCUCAACGCGACAAUAGCCACCCAUAUUCCACCACCCGGAGCCCUUUCACCAAGGACCACUCGACGAAAUAUGCUUUCGACAGAACUUUCGGAGUCUUUGCGUCGAAACUUACUUUGGGAGCGACAACAGAAUGGAGUCCCAUCUCUAGGAAUCAACGGAGCCAACAAUUCCACCUCUACCAUGGUACCGUCAGCCGAGUCAUCAGGAGCUACAAGUCCGACUGGUACUAACCCCGGUCUUCUCCGUCGCAGCCAUACCUCAACUGGUGUCAUGACUAUGAACAGUUUGGGGCUAAAUAACCCAAGCUCGAACCCGCCUACCCCCGACGUCGAGGCCUGGAAGGAGGAAAUGGACGACCAGAACGUGGAUUUCAAUUACCACGCCCGUGGUUGGUAG